AUGUACAUUAUCUUUUUAUAUGCAAUUUAUGUAAGAGGUCUCUAUAGAAGUUGUCUCUAUAAAAGCUGUAACAAAGAAGGAAAUGUGGAUGCUUGGUGUCACCAAAUCAUUAGGAAGCCACUAGGAAGGGGAAAAUCUGGACAUAUCUAUGUACAAAAGAAAUUAGGAUGUGCACCACAACUGAAUUUUCAAUUCCGGUCGCGCAUCCUAGAGGCCCGAUGCAGUUUUGUGCUCCGGAUCAGUCGAUAUGUGUAACGCAAUCGGGGGAGACGUUGGCGGUGCAAAAUUAGCAAGAUAACCCUCAACCGAAAAGUCUGAGAUUAGUUGACCAAGAUGAUGUUAUAUAGGUUUAUGGGGUUUCUAAAGCAUCGAAAGAGUCGAAAGAUUGUGACCGGGGAAAGGAAAAUGAGGAUGUGGGAUGUGAGAGUUUUCCGUGAAAGGAUACCAUGAUUAUAGGAGACGUCCUUAGAAUGGGAUCUGAGCAACAUGAGAAUUAAGAUGUGGAGAAGGAGGAUGAGGGUGGGCAUGUUCCAUCUAAGGUAGUGUACUUUCAAGUAUUUCAUUUGUUAUAGCAAUAGCAUCCUACUACUAUCUUUUGUACAACAUCUAAAUACAACAUUAUACUUCCAACUAUUUUGUUUUUAUAGAGUUAUAAUAGGGUGAAAUGAAAGUACGUUGUUAUACUAAACAAAGC